AUGUUAAAUUUCGAUUUAAAAAGAUAUCAAAUUUUAAAUAAUAUAAUCAAAUAUACCAAAUUACCAAACCAAACCAAAUCUUUCCUAUUAAUUAUUAUCAAAUUAAAUAUGUCUCAACCAAUUUUCCAUUAUUUUGAUGCCAGAGGUCGUGGUGAAGAAAUUAGAAUUCUAUUAAACUAUGCCGGCGUAAAGUACACUGAAGUUAAAAUUGGACCACUCACAGAUGAGAUUCGUUCCAAAUUAACAUUUGGACAACUUCCAUGGUAUCAAGAUGGUUCACUCAGUAUCACUCAAUCGAUGGCCAUUGAAAGUUAUAUUGCCAGGAAAUACAAUUUACUUGGUGUCAGUGAAGAAGAGAAUGCUGAGAUAUUUAGUUAUGUUCUCUCUGUUGCUGAUAUGUUGGAUGCCAUCAUUAAGGCAUUUACGGGUGGUGAUGAACAAAAACAAAACUUUUCCGAAAAGAUUGCACCAAGAAUCAUCAAAGCAUGGGAAUCUAAAAUCAACGACCAAGGUCAUCUUUUCGGAAACAAGACAACGUGGGCUGAUUUGGCAAUUUUUAACAGUAUCGAUUAUUUACUCUGGACUAAGAAUGAGAAUCUCUUUAUUUCUUCACCAAAGUGUAUCAAACUACAUAAAAGUCUUGCAAAUUCAUCACAACUAAAACCAUACUUGGAUUCUAGACCAAAGGAUGUUAAAUUUUAA